AACGUAUUUUGUAUUACAGAGCAAUAUGUGAAUGUAUCGGAAUCGGAAUCCAAAGAUGAUAAUGCUGACCAGUAAUUAAUAUAACCAUAUAAUCUCAGUAUAAGCUUUAUCAAAUAUAGAACACCAUUUUCUGCAAUGCCUUGGCAACCAUUCCGAAGAAAAAAUAAGCACAAACCACUACGGGAUGACGAAAUGGAAACCAGUUUCGAUGAUAUUCUCUCUAGAAGUAUGUCAGAUGGAAGUCUUGUCAGGGCUCCCAGUGAAAGGUUUCUCUUGUCAAGUCUUUCUCAAGGACGAAGCUACGGAACCUGCUCUGGAAGUACGAACCUCUGGACAUCCUUCUCCGAGCACACUGUACAGCAGGGGGAUACAAUUGCAGGACUUUCACUUAGGUUUAAUUUGACAAUCCAGGAUAUAAAACUUGCAAAUAAGUUGUGGACAAACGAAGAUCUUUGGCCGGGCAGAAUCAUUAAAAUUCCUCAAUUAGAGACCGGAAACACCAGCCUUGAUCUAUCCAGUAGCGGGGGAAGUGACACCAUGUCAACCGGAAGUGGGACAAGUUCUAGAAGUUCAAGCAGACGACUCUCAUCUCAUGAUACCAUGCUCGUCUCAAGUGCUACAAGUUCUCCAUACGCAAAACCAUCUAGUACCACUAGUACUUCACUAGUUAAAGGGAUCUCAAGUCCGGCUAGACGAGCAUCUCUAGAAGAAUUACAGGACUUUCUCUCUAAAAUGGAUUCCAAUAUUGCCAGCAGUAAAAGGGCUACCAUCAGUAUGAUAAGAAAGUCUGAUCUGUCGGAGAAGGGGGGUGCAGCAGGCCUCGCGCCCCUUCAGGGGACGUCUGUCCUACCUGUGCAAGGGGUGCAGGGGGUGACGGUGGUGUCUAAUAAUAACACUAAACCAAACCAGAACCAUAUCUGCUAGUAGUCUGUAGACAACAGUACUCAAUAUUUUACUCAAAUAUUAUUUCUUAGUUUUCACAAUUUACAUUUAUUGGUUUAGGACAUUUAUUAUCAUAAUUUUUAG